AUGGCUUCCUCAUCCGCAUCUCGUGCAUCCAACUAUGAUGUCUUCCUCAGUUUCCGAGGGGAAGACACUCGACAUUCUAUCGUCAGCCAUUUGUACGCAGCUCUUGCUAGCAGAGGAAUUGCUACCUUCAAAGACGACAAAAGGCUUGAGCUAGGCGACCACAUUUCUGAAGAACUCCACAGAGCAAUUGAAGGUUCGGAUUUCGUUGUCGUGGUUCUCUCAGAGAACUACCCUACUUCCAGGUGGUGCUUAAUGGAGCUCCAAAUGAUAAUGAAGCUUCAGGUGGAAGGAAGAAUUGGUGUCUUUCCCGUCUUCUAUAGAGUAGACCCCUCUGACGUGAGGCACCAGCAAGGAAGUUUCGAUCUAGAAGGGUACGAACGUGAUCCACAAAUGGUAGAUAAGGUUCCCAAGUGGAGAGAAGCUCUUAAAAUGAUAGCCGAUCUUUCAGGCGUGGCAUCUGGACAGUGCAUUGAUGAGGCAACUAUGGUUCGAAAAAUUGUCGAAGAUAUUUCAAAGCGCAAGGCGAUGAUGCAAAAGAUAGACUUCAGAAAUAUUGUUAGGGUAGAUACUCACUUGCAAGAACUCAAGUCUCUCUUGGAUAUGGACUCCAAUAAUGAUGAGGUUCGUAUGAUUGGAAUAUGGGGAAUGGGAGGCAUUGGCAAAACCACCAUCGCCAAGUGUCUCUAUGACCAGCUCUCAUCUCAUUUUACAACCAGGUAUUUUACAGAAGACAUCAAGGGUAUCUAUAAAGACCUUGAUCUACUGCAUUUGCAAAACAAACUUCUCUACAAUACCCUUGGUGAUGAUAUUACGCCGUGGAGCGUGGAAGCUGGUCGCGAGGUCAUAGCGGCAAGACUGGGGAACCACAAGGUUCUUCUUGUGCUAGAUGGUGUGGAUAAUUUGGUGCAGAUCCAUGCUCUGGCAAAAGAGACACGAUGGUUUGGUCAUGGGAGCCGAAUCAUCAUAACCACCCGAGACAGGGGCUUGCUCAAUAGUUGUGGAGUAAAAGCCAUUUAUGAGGUUAAGUGUCUGGACGAUAUGGAUUCCCUGCAGAUGUUUAAACAGAUUGCUUUUGAAGGAGGUAGUCCUUCUUCUGUUGACUUUGAGCAUCUCUCAAUCCGAGCAGCUCGNGUAAAGUGA